AACAGAAACUGAAUUGAGCCGCAGCGGGAGCCCAUCGACUCCAACCGAGACACACCCGACGAAAAAAGGGAUAAAAAAAGGAAGAGCAGCGACUGCGGCGUGUGUCGUUGAGAAGUGUGUUCUCAAUCCUCCAGACAUGGCCGUCCAGCAGCAGCCGACCCAGGUGGUGACCAUGGUGACCACCAGCCAAGGCCCUGGCACGUGGAGCACCGGCCUCUGCGACUGCUGCAGCGACAUGGGCACCUGUUGCUGCGGUUAUUGGUGCUUCCCCUGCAUGCAGUGCCAGACGGCCGGAGACCACGGCUGGUGCUGCUGCACCCCGAUGCUGGACGUCUGCUGCGUGGUGUCCUGCCUGCUCCGCUCCUCCAUCAGAGAGCGCCACAACAUCCCCGGCUCCUGCUGUGACGACUGCUGCAAGUUGUUCUGGUGCUACCCGUGUGUCUGGUGCCAGAUGAAUCGUGAGCUGAAGAUCAGGAAGCACCGUGGGGGGGGCCACACCUCGGUGGUCACCAGGCAGGUCGUCAGUGGAUAGGAACCUUCCGGACGGAGGGUCCGCGGCGGCCGCUGACCUGCAGCUUGGCUUUCGUGGGGGCGCGCGGGCCAGUUCUAAUCUUUCACAGACCGGCUGUUGUUCAAAGUCUAAAAUCUAAAACUUUUAUAGCUGCUUUCAGUUGAAUAUAUUCGCUUGAUAUCAUCGACCGUAGGGCAAAGACAAUGUUGAGGUUCCAGUUAACAAGCUCCAGCUCGCAACCUAUGAACUACGACAUUCCGUGCCGAGGGGCGUGAGCAGGCAUUAUUUGUACCGUCCAGCGGACCCCCCCCCCUCCAAUGUCUAAACCAUGGUUCCGCCCUUGUCCCCACCGUUGCAACUCACCGCUUGAAUUCAUUCUGAAGGAGCCUUGAUCACAAAUGUUUUAAAAGUUUUAUUAAAAGUCUUGAAAAGUG